AUGGCAUUGAAUGCAGCACAAGCCGACGAGUUGCGCCGACUGGCUGCAGAAGUCAACGAUGCUGUCGAGGCGCGCAUCCGAGGUGAAGCUGGUGCGGUCGAGAAAAUCCGAAGGACUACGCAGAGCGUGCAGCUGGCGGGCAUGGGUGCGUUCGAGUACUGGGGCAAUCAAUUGUGGCAGCCGUUGAAGAGCAUUUGCUUGGUGAUGGCUCAAGAGAUUGGCGUACUGCCUAAACUCAAUGCUCAUGCUGGGCCUGUCGAUGCUGCCAGUAUCGCCAAGAGCGUCAGCUCAGACGAGCUCCUGAUCUCCCGUCUGAUGCGAGUGCUUACUUCUGUUGGCGUCGGCCGUGAAGUAGCACCAAACACGUAUGAAGCAAAUGUUAUCAGCGAAAUCGCGGGCAGCGAAGGUGGCCAGGCCGGGAUCAAGUAUCUCAAUGAGUUACUCUUCUCGGUUGCAGCUCGUAUAGUGCCGUACAUGCGUGAGCAUGGGUUCAAACAGUUUCCAACACGUCCACAAGAAAUGGAUCCGACGCAAUUCACCUUCGAUGGCCGGAUGAUGUGGGACUAUCUCAAAGACACUCCAGAGAUGAAGAACUCUUUCGACACCCUGAUGAGGGAGAAUCGAAAGGGGAACAAGCCUUGGUUCACCAUCUUCCCUUUUGCGCAGGAAGUUGGAGCUGCCUGCAAGAGCACGGAAGAAGUCCUGCUAGUCGAUGUCGGCGGCAAUCGUGGAGCUGACAUACUGGAUUUCCACAAGGCCAACCCUGACCUCGCCGGUCGUCUGGUACUUCAAGACCUUCCCGAGACCAUUGCGAACGUGGACAGGUCAACAAUGGACGGCAUUGACUUGCAGCCUUAUGACUUCUUUACACCACAGCCGGUAAAAGGCGCCAAAGCCUAUUUCUGGCGCUGGAUCUUGCACGAUUGGGAUGAUGACUCAAUCCGCAAGUUCCUUGGCAACACGAUACAGGCCAUGGACUCCGACAGCCGUCUUCUGAUUGAGGAGUUCGUUCUUCCGGACACUGGGGCCGAUGUGAAGACCAGCCACCUGGACAUUAUGAUGAUGCUGUAUCAUUCUGGCAUGGAACGCACCCUCAGCCAGUGGAGGGAGCUCCUCACGAGCUGUGGCGUAGACAUUGUCAAAGUCUGGACACGUCCUGACACCGAUUCCAGUGUUUUGGAGUGCAGGCGUUCCAAGUGAACUGAGCUCCUGGUACCAGCGUGUCGGUCGCCGAUCGCACUGGAAACCGUACACCCGACCCAGGCAGAGUGGUCAGGGGUGUCGCGCUUUCGAAACCACGCGCCAGAAUGCGCGUCUCAA